AUGAGAUUAUUCAUUUGAUGAAAACACAGAAGUGUAUAUAAAUACUGAGAAAAAUGCCACACCCGUGUGUCGUGUGCGGCCGUUCACGUAUGAAUCCCAAUAAUAGGGAAGAAGAGUACAUGUUCUUUGGGUUUCCUGUUAACGAUGAAACUCGGUGCAGAAAGUGGUUAGAGUUUUGUUGCCGCGAAGAUUUGUACAAACUCACGAAGAAACAGUUGCUCCAACGAAUGGUUUGUUCCAAACACUUCGAGCAGAAGGAUUUUCUCAAUGAAUAUUUCGACAGAUUGAAUAGUACAGCUGUACCUUCGACUUACGAUCCGAAGCAAAGUUUAUACAACAUAACGUGUGUACUGUGCCGUCGUUCCCGUCGAGAUCCACCCGAUUUGGAUUAUGAUGGUGCAACCUUCCAUCAUUUUCCUGGUGAGGAAUUUCGAUGCUUGAAAUGGCUUGAUUUUGUUGGCGUAGACUCGUACUAUAGAUUGACCAGGAAAGAGAUUUUAUUUUGUUACAUUUGCUCUAAACAUUUUGACCCCUCCCAGUUCAUGCCUGGUUACAAGAGCAGAUUAGUGGACAAUGCUGUUCCUAAUAUUCGUAAUCCUGAUCAGUUGGAUGGAUCUGAACAAUGUAUCAUGGAAUCUAUAUCUGAGCCAAAGUCAUAUAAUUCUUCAGAGAAACCAAAAAAACUAGAUCCUCUACCACCAGCUGUUUUAGAGAGUCAAGCAUGUGCUGCUUGUAGUAGAUCAAGAUCUGAUCCUAGAAAUAAAUUGGAAAGGUAUAAGUUUCACCCUUUUCCUGCUUAUGAGAUUGGAAGGUGUUUAAGGUGGUGUCAAUUUCUGGGCAGAGAGGAUCUAUUGAAAAUGUCUCCAAAUCAAAUACGUAAAUUGGUACUCUGUUCUAAACACUUUCAGACAGGACAGAGUUUUCAUAAAGUAGGACCAUGUGAUGCAGUACCAACUAUAAAGGAUGUAUCGCAGUUAGAAUCUGUCGGUUCCACAGAACAAAUUGAAGAUGAACAAGAUAAUACCAUAGAUGAAUCUAGUAGUCCCAAUACAACUAAAGGGACUAAGAAACAAGGUUUUUCAAGACCUUUAGUAUCUAGUAAAAAGCCAAAGGUAGAUAAUAAGCCUACUCCUCUUGCGAAGAAACGUGGAAAAUCUAAAAGGCCAACACUUAUCAACAUUCCAAGGCCUGAUCCUAAUAACAUUGAAAAUCGUAUGACAAGAAAAUUGCCACUUCCACCUAACUCUAAUUGGAAAAUUCAGUUUACAGAUCAGUUACAGCCAAUUGCAAUAGCAAACAAUGUUACAUCAAAUGUUACAAAUAGUGGUGUACAAGGGAAUAUAAAAAAAGUAAUCUUGCCAUUUACUGGUGACAUUUCAAAUUUAGGUGCUCCUAUUCCAGUGCACAGUUUAUCCAGCAUCCCUCCAGGUUUAUUAAUUAAAAUAAAUCUUCCUGAGCAAGAGCAACAGAAAUCAGUAAAAGUUAACAAAAGACAGACUAGGUCGAAAAGCACUCAUACUUCUACUACCUCCAAUGAAAUUGAUACAAGUCAAGAAGUCUGGUUGACAAAUGGAGAAACAACAGUUACCCUGCCUGUCAUGAAACAGACUAAGGAGGAUACAGAUAGGAAUUUAGUUGAGUUUUUGUCAAUCUCACCAGAGGAAACGGAAGUUAAAUUGAUUCCUGAAGCAUUAGAGGUCCACGAAGAAGUUGUUUUACCACACUCAUUGGAAGUGUUAGAUGAAGAAGCAGCUAAUGUAAACGAAGAUCAGUUUUAUGAGGACUUUGAAGAAGUAGAAUGUUUGUCCCAGAAGGAAGAGAAACCAGUGCGGCGCAAAAAAGUUUCCGGGACAAUGCGUAGAACAAUUUUUCCUAUUAGAAGUGAAGUUAGUUAUUUUUUGCGCAAACUUGCACCUUAUAUGCAUAGACUUCCUAGAAAAGGUAGAGCUCAGGUAAAACUUGCAAUUGUCAAUAUGGUGAUUGAUCGGUUGUAAGUUUAUUUAAGUGUAAAUCAAUAAUAGUAUUUUUAAGGGUCUAUAGUU